AUGGCGGACGAACCAAAAACGGGCAAGACGGACCGCCCGAAAACCCCGGUGUUGGAAGUGCCGCAGGGAGACCGAGCGUCGGGGAGGACGACGUCUCCUGCCCGGCUUCCGACGGAGCUCGCGCUGAAGGUCCGGACGCAGAUGGGCCGGAUCGCGUCGCUCAGGGAGCUCACAGAGUCGCUGCCGGAUGUCCCGGCACGGACAUCCCUCGGAGAAGUGAGCCAGUUUCAGCUCCUGAUCGAGGAGACGCACAAGGCGUUCAUCAAGGAACACGCCUACUUCGAGGUGUCAUGGCCCUCGGCGCUUAUUCACCAUGAGUAUUUCGCUGAGGAUGCUCAUCAGGAAGAGUCGCGGUGCUACAUGCAGGCGCGACGAGUCCUCGGCGUGCUUCGCCACGCAUUGGCAGCCGCUCUGCCCGCUCAACCACAGACCAGCUCAUCGGCCGGCGAGACCCGGCAGACACACUCACGCUUGCCGGACAUCUCACUCCCCAAGUUCACCGGGGAGCGCGCCAGCUCAAUUGAUAUCAGGACUCUCAAUGACCGGAGACUCACCCCGUCAUGGGAUCUGCUCAAGGACAGGUACGAGAACAAAAGACUGCUCAUUCAUUCCUGCCUUGACAAGAUUUUUGCCAGCUCAACCCCGGUGCCAAGGAAAGCGGCAGCCUUGGACCGGCUUGUUUCGGGGGUAAAGAAGGCGCUCAAGGGACUGGAGGCCCUCGAGAUCAAGGAGAAGCUCGGGGACUGCGCCGUGGUUUAUCAUGUCACGCGACUCCUUGAUCGCGUGACACGCGAGCAGUGGGAGAACGCGGUUGGCGCCACGCGCGAAUAUCCUACGAUCGAGAAGCUCGAGGAAUUCUUGAGCACUCGGAUACGGGCUCUCGAACGGAUCGAGACCACGACAGCUCAUCCUGGCCCCAGCUCAUCAUCAUCAUCGCCAAGGAAGACGGCAGCUCAUCAGACUACUCAUCAGGGCGACUCAUCCUACCCUUGUGAUUGCUGUAACGCACAGCACUUUAUUGUGAUGUGCGCGAAGUUCCGGGAUCUACCACCGCAUGACCGGCACAAGGUGACAGUAAACAAGCGCCUAUGUUUUAACUGCCUGGGGCGCCACAGUGUACGCUCAUGCAAGUCCCAGCGGGGCUGCAAGACAUGCUCAGGGCGUCAUCACACGAUGCUGCACGACGCACAUCCAGCAGCGUCGACCACUCAGAAAUCUAGCGGAUCCGAACUCACCUUCGUCACGGAGAAUCUCAUUCGGCAGCUCAACAUCCCUCGUCAAUACUCAGGUAUUGUCGUCAGUGGAAUUGCAGGCAAGGAGUGUACUCGGACACGAGGAGUCGUGUCGCUCACGUUACGCUCGACACAUUCCAGCGCAACUGCCACAAUUCAAGCUCAUGUCCUCCGGACAGUUACAUCAAUCUUACCAUCUUUCGAGGCUGAACCGGAAGAAUGGCCGCAUCUCAGGAACUUGGCAUUAGUCGAUCCAGACUUUCUCAUCCCGCGGCCAGUUGACAUCCUCAUCGGCGCAGACGCGUACGAAAUCAUCAAGCCCAAUAUCAUUAGGCAUUCUCCACUCAUGCCGAUAGCGCAACUCUCCAUUUUCGGAUGGCUCGUUCUUGGACCAGUCAAUAGAGAAGCAACACGCACAUCAACGCACCAUGCUUCUACUCAAGUCAACGAGGAUGCUCUCAAUGAAUUACUGACAAAAUUUUGGGUUCAAGAGGAGGUGCCUACUCACGAUGUCAAUCAAUUCACCCCUAACGAGCAGAGGUGCGAAGAACACUUCAAGGCUACACACUCUCGUGAUUCAUCAGGGAGGUACGUCGUCAGGAUUCCACUCAAAACACCAGUAGAUCUUCUGGGUGAUUCUUACCACGUUGCCCACCAGUGCCUCAAGGGAUUACGCAGACGAUUCUCAAGGGAUGUGAAUUAUCAACGCCUUUAUCAACAAUUCAUGAUGGAUUACGAGACACUCAGCCACAUGACGAAGGCAUCAUCCAUCUCCAGUCGUCGCUCACACUUCUACCUGCCACAUCACGGUGUUCUCAAGUCUGACAGUACAACAACAAAGCUGCGGGUCGUGUUUAAUGGCUCCAGCGCAUCCACAUCGGGCUACUCUGUCAACGACCUCAUGUACACGGGAGCGAAAUUGCAUCUGAACAUCUCAGAUGUUCUCCUCUGGAUACGGAGCCAUCGUCACAUUUUCGCUACGGAUAUCAUCAAGAUGUACAGGCAGAUCAAAAUUCACAAGGAUGACUGGGAGUUGCAGCGGAUACUCUGGAUGGACGACGAACUCAAUGAAGUGCCAUAUCAUCUGACAACAGUCACCUACGGGACAAAGGCCGCGCCGUUCCUGACCGUAAGGACGCUGUUACAACUAGCAGAGGACGAAGGACAUAAAUAUCCACUGGCUGUGCCGUCCAUCACUCACGGCAGGUAUGUCGAUGACAUAUUUGGUGGUGCAGAUACAAUACAACAAUUGCAGGAGGUCGCACAUCAACUAAAGGGCCUCUGCAUGGCGGGCGGCUUCCCACUAGCAAAAUGGCAUGCAACUUAUCUCGACAUACUCAAGACUGUCACCGACAGCGAAGACCAAGGCUUACCAAUCACAUUCGACGAUUGCGCAACCAAGAUACUCGGACUCAAAUGGCUCCCUCAAGAAGAUACCUUUGCAUUCUCAACACGAAGCUCACGCACUGAAGGCAGACUCACAAAACGCCUCGUCUUAUCUGAAGUGGCUCAGAUAUUCGAUCCACUUGGCUUUGCAUCACCUGUCGUGAUCAGGGCCAAAAUUCUCUUGCAGGAGCUGUGGUUGCACAAGCUCCAAUGGGAUGAUCCACUGCCAUCCCAGCUCUCAGCCCGGUGGCUCAUCAUCAGAGAAGAACUCACAAGCUUGGCCAAGCUCUCAAUACCACGGUGGCUCAACACAUGGAGCGACUCGCAAGUGGAACUUCAUGGAUUCUCUGAUGCUUCUCAAUUGGCAAUGGCUGCAGUCAUAUACAUAUCCGUUCACGACUCAAACGGCGCCACGUUCUCACUUGUGUGCUCCAAGACUAAGGUAGCACCUCUCAAGCGGCUCUCAAUCCCGCGACUUGAACUCACGGCUGCUCUACUGCUCUCUCGACUCAUGCAAUACGUCAAAGCCACUUUGAACAUGGACGUAACGGCAACUCACAUGUGGACGGACUCUCUAGUGACACUUUCAUGGAUCAGAUCUCAUGCAUCACGCUGGAAGGAUUUUGUCAGGAACAGGGUGGCUCAAAUUCAAGAACUCACUCCAGCUGCUCACUGA